AUGAUUAAAAAAAUUUCAAUUAUUUUAAUCACUCUAUUUAUUAUCCAAUUAACUAAAUCAGUUUCAGUAAAUAAAAAUAAUAAUAAUAAUAAUAAUAAUAAUAAUAAUAAUAAUAAUAAUAAUAAUAAUAAUAAUAAUAAUAAUUAUUUUAUUGAUCAUUAUAAUUAUGAUUUAGAUAUUGAUUUAACUUCUCAACAACAACAGCAAUCAUCAUCAUCAUCAUCUGAUGCACCAUUAGAACCACCAUCAUGUGGGGAAUUAUGUGUUUGUUUAUAUACAGAAUUAAAUUAUCAAGGUCUUUCAUAUGAAUAUUCAAUCUAUUCAGGAAAAGUUGAUUUACCACCCUCAAUUAGAAAUAAUAUUACUUCAUUUGUGUCAAAUGCUGAUGUAUGUUUUAUUACAUAUGACCCAUAUGUUACAAUACAAAUUUAUACAGGUGAAUUUUUAUCAAAUUUUGGAAUUGUUUUUGGUGAUAUUUUACAAACCUUAGCUCCUGGUUUAUGUAAAGAUUUACCACCAAAUCAAUUUUAA